AUGCUCUACAGGAAGAUCCACAGGAUCCUCAAUGCGAUCAUCGCCAUUUGCUUGGUCAGUUAUGGAUAUUAGGCGUUUAUCAUUCAUUCCUAGCAUUUCAUUCAUUUCUUUGAGAUACUAGGAUACAAUGUUUUCGACCGAGCUCAAACUGCGGAUUUAUCAGUUAUUAAAUAAUCUUUUUUGGUAAUCUAUUUAUGGUUUCCUCGCUCCUAAUUAUUUUACUAUGGUUUCUCUUCAAAUAUGAGCCCUUGAUGACAUGAAAGAUCGAAAAAAGGUCGAAAAGAAGCCUUAAUUACUUAUUUAUUUUUCUUUAUCAGUUUUUCUUAAUAUAAGAAUUUCGGGAAAUAUUCCAUGAAAUAAAGACAGUACUUUUGUAGAUUGAAGUCUUUUGUGCGAAAAAGACAUUUGUGGAAGAAAGCAUUUUGUUGAAAGAAGUCUUUUGUUGGAGGAAUUAUUUUGUCGAAGUAACUCUUUUUUAAUUAAGAAAUGUUAUAUGAAAACGAAGAAUGAAAAGUAGCAAAGAAAUACGAAAAUAGUUGCUGGAAAUUCACAAAGUUUGAAUUCUUUCGAAUUUUCCCGUCGAGUAAAAAGUUUCUUUUUUGAGUUUCAAAGUUUCAACGGUCCCAAUGCUCCCUAGGCACGCGAUUGAAGUAUCCCUACAUAAGUUUCUUCCUUUAUUACAUAAUUUCGAGCUUUUUUUAAACUCAAAUCCAGCCAGUAGUAUGUUUUUUUUUAACCUACACUUUAAAGAAUUAUUGCACUAAUUAUUCCAACGUCUUAUUUUCACACAACACGUGGCUCGUUUUUCGAAGGCAAAGAAGAUUUUGCAGCUGGGAUUCGUGGUGAUCUUCCUGAAAGGGCCGUCGAGCGACUGGAAAUCUGAAUCGCCGACGGACGAGCCGAAGAAAAGCGCGACGGCAGGGUCAACGACUUUGUGGAGGGAGAGGAAAACCAAAAAUGGGUCUCGUGUGGAAUCCUCCUAUCCGAUAUACGAUAACUCGGAUGGUGGCCUCACCGCUUGGAACUUUAAAGGUAACAUCUUUCGAACAGUUUGAGAUGCCAUUUAAAAAUGUAGCUCAGCACUAUUUUGCAAUUUUUGAUGACUUUUAAAUUUUGUAACUCUUUUUCGUUUAAUUUUCAGAAGAAUUAUCCAAAACAAAACAUUUUCUAAUGUUUUGUAUUAGUAAUUUUUCAUUGUGAGAUUUGAAAAAAUUACAUGGUUUUUAUAAUCAAAAAAUAUGAUGUCAGUUCAUUUUAGUUGACAAUUUCUUCAAAAACUUUUAAAGUUCAAUUAAUCUCUCGUUUCCUCUUUUUCAGGCUACAGCGAUUCAGUGAUAUCCGGGAAAGAUGUGGUCAAAUCGGUGACUUUUUUGAACGACAAUUUCAAUAUUCUUAACAUUGAUAAAUUUGGGCCCGUGGAAAAUGUUCGAUAUCUUCUGGUUAUUCAGGUAUUUUUAAUUCUUUUUUUUUGACGCUUAUCAGUGUUAACCAGAUACCCGAUUUUUUUUCUUAGUAUUCUGAUUCUCUCAUUUGUUCAACAAAAAACGGGAGUAAAACUUCUGUUUCACAUUUGACGAGAAGUUGAGAAAAGGCAGGUUUAUAUUCAUUCAGAGCUGUAGGCUGGAGUCAUCAUAAUAUACAAGGUCGAGAAUUAAAAAAAAAUUUCAUGAAAGAUUAAUAAAAUAUAAAAAUAAAUAGUUAAGAAGCAAAAGUUUUCUUUCUCAACUGUCCAAUGAAAUAAUUUUUUUUUAUUUGUGUCAGGUUCACAACCGUCCGAUUUACCUGAAGUACUUGAUCGAGUCGUUGCGACAAACCAAAGACAUCGAAAAAACGCUCCUGGUGUUCAGCCACGACGUCAACGUCGAGCAGAUCAACGAAAUGGUCAGAAACAUCACGUUCGCCAGGGUUCGCUCCGAUUACCUUUGAAAGAAUUUCGUAGUUUUUUCAGGUUUAUCAAAUAUUCUACCCAUUCAACUUGCAGCUUUUCGCCAAAGUUUUCCCGGGAAAUAAUCCUUUGGAUUGUCCUGAAAAGAUCGGCAAAGAUUCGUUAGUUUUAUCACUUUCCCUGAAGCAAUUCUUCUUGAAAAAAGUUUUAUUUGUGUUGUAAUAAAAUGGGAUUUUUUUUUCUGGUGGAAGACAAAAAUUUCUUUUUUCAGUAACUUUGUUUCAGAAAAGACCAAAAAUUGAUCUUUUUCCAGUGCGAAAACGAGCAAGUGCAGAAAUUGGGAGUGGCCGGACAAAUAUGGAAAUUAUAGGAAUGGCAAAUUGACGCAAAUUAAGCAUCAUUGGUGGUGGAAGGUUAUUUUCACAUAAGAAUAGUGUUUCAAGGACAAUAUGUGUUUCAGAUGAACUAUGUGUUCGACGGGAUCGUCAAGCGGUUCAAUUUGAAGAACUCUUGGGUCUUGUUGUUGGAAGAGGACCAUUUCGUGACGCCCGACGCUCUUCACGUACUUGAUAUCAUUGUGGGAAACAAGAAAAAGUUGGUUCUUGGACUUUUUUUUUCGAUUUUCCGGAGAGCGCAUCGUGGGAAAAUUUUGAGUAAACAAGAUGACGAUUUUUGUAAUUUUUUUUUGUUUGGAAAGAGAUAUUUUGAUUUUUUUCCUUGGAUUUAUAGUUACUAAAAGUUCCAAUUCCAAGAAUACUUCAAAAUGCGAGAAUUUAUUCGGUAGGGUGUUAUUUCAGUCUGUGAAUUCAAAAAUUAAGUUUUUGUUAUAAGAUUGACAGCAAAAGAAAUGUAUUUUUAUUCUCAAACUUAAACGAUUUUCUGUGGUUUUAGUCCUACUUUUUAAUGUUGAAGUUUUUUUAAACCCUUGCGAUUAUAAUCAUUUUAGAGAACUUUUUUUAAUUUCGAAGUUCUGCUCGGAAAUUUUUCUCAUGAAGUUUUACGUGUAACGGUUUUUUUAAUUUUAUAUGUGUCUAAGAUUAUUGAUUUUUCUUGCUGUCUAUUGCAUACAGUUUCAAGAUUUUAAAAGAUAAAAAUCGGGAAAGUUUAUAAAAUCCGUUAAUGAAAAAAAGGUAUAUCAUCUAUUCAUUUACCUUUAUUCAGGUACUGUGAUCGAUGUGAGAUAAUAUCCCUGGGAUUCUACUUGAAGUCGACGAACAAAUUCGGAAACGACAUUGCCAAAGUCGGUAGAAUUUUUCAGAACUUGAACUUGGGUUUUUGCAAAGUUAGACUUCCCUUUUGAUCAAAAUGGUUGCUACGACGAGAGGGAAUUUACCCUUUCCGAAGGGUACUGUAUGUGAAAGUCCGCAUUCUGAUUUGUUCACUUUGUGUGUUUGCACUUUUUUUGCGUGACGUUACGAGUUUUUUUAUCAAUGGAAAGCAAAAUAGGAAAACGCUUUGUUCAAAUAGAUCUGCAACACCUCGGGGCUUCGAUUUUCUUUUUCCUGACAUUUUUUUUCGAUGAUUUCAUUUUCUGGUCUUCAUAUUUUAUAAAUACUAGUUCUUCCAGUGAGAAAUCUCCAAAUUCGAACGAUGAAAAAGAAGGAAAAUUUUAUAUAAUGUUUAGAUUUUUUUCACUUCCUUUCCUUUUUUGUUGAUCUUUCUACCCGCAUGGAAUAAAAGAAAUCACGGAAUCGAACCGCCCAGAAACGUCACGCAAAGAUAGUGCAAACACACGAAGGGAACAGCUCAGGAUGUCGCCUUUCACAUACAGUACUCUUCGGAAAAGGAAAAAAUAACUCAUAGCACCUUGUAAAUAAUCUUUUCUUUACUUUCUCUUUUUUCAGCUCGGAGUUCAUCCGUGGUACAGCAGCAAGCACAACAUGGGUAUGGCGCUGCAGCAGGAAACUUGGCUCAAAAUCAAAAAUUGUUCAAAUGUUCGUUCUUUAUAUGAUUUUGAUGCAAAUUUGGGAGCAGAUUAAUUUUAUAAUAGUUAUGAUAAUUUCAACUUUUCAGAUGUUUUGCGAUUGGGACGAUUACAAUUGGGAUUGGUCGUUAAUGCAGGUGAGUGGGGAACUACCAGGAAAGUGAAACAGGAAAAAAAAUUUCUUUUGAUUUGAUUAUGGCAACUUAUUCAACUGAAAUAGAGAAGUGACAAUAAGGCGAAAAAAUGAAACCGACUUUUCAACAUUUAUCUUUUUAUUUCCUUCAUUUUGUUUCUAACAGCUUUUUUCCAGGUCAGCGCCAAAUGUCUCCCGCAAAGGUUCCGCGUCAUUUUCGCAAAAAGCCCCCGGGUGAUUCACAUUGGCGACUGCGGCGUUCAUACCCAUCGGUUUGCACAGGAAAGACCUUGAGGGACCACUCAAACGGUUUCUUAAGUUGCGACGCGCACAACGCCUACGAAGCGACGACAAAACUGCUCGAAUCUCACCGAGGGGCCCUUUUCCCGGCAAGCCUCGCUGUUACUGAUGUAUGUUUCUCAGAUUUCGGGGGGUAAUAAUAGUGCAAAUAUCUUUUGUGUACUAGGUUUUUGUCAAACGAAUUCAUGCGUUGCAUUAGACUUUCAAGCUUGAGAAAAACUCCGGAGCCAGUUAUUCUCAAAACUUUUACUGAAAGAAGGAAAUCAUUUAUUGCUCAGAUCUCUCGCCGAUCAUUGAAGCCUUCGAAGGAGAAUGGCGGAUGGGGCGACAUCAGGUUGAUAUCCUUCAGUUCACAGUCGAUUAUCGACCUUUUAAGAGACCGAGAAUUGUGUCUGCUCAACACCUCGCCGUUGCUCGACAAGUCCAACGCUCCAGUUCUCGCCGAACUUUUCAAUUCCACCAUCAAGUUAUAA